AUGUCUAGCCAGAGCGACACAACCGGGCAACCGUCAAAGAGCGGCUUCCAUCAAGCAGCCUCGUUUGUCGAGCGCGCACUCAGCUUCCGUACCAAUGCGCAGCGAACAGCGUCCUCGUCUUCCGCAGCUAACGACGAUCCUUCUUCCUCGACGUCUCAACGCCGCGCUUUAGCCAAGCCUGCUAUCUCUGCUCCUCUCAGCGCAGAGGAUGUAAAGGAGACUGCUGGAUCCUUCCCUGCCCUCUCGGAAUCCCAGAUCAAAAAGCUGCUUCCAGGCGCCGAGCUUGAACAAGCGCGAGAAUGGGUUACAGCCGCUUUGCAGGAGAUGCAUCUCAACUACGACCUUGAUCCGAAAUUGCUCGGAGAACGAAGCGAUUCAAACCGAGGCAAUGCACUCAUCGCUCUUCUUCUAUCGCGCAUCGUUGUGCGACAACCUGGCUCGCAAGACGAAGAGCAUGAACGAGGCGAGGGCCACCUAUCUGGUGCGGUGGUCGAUCAAGACGGCCAGAGCGGAAGGGACACUUUGUCCUCGAACGAAGGAGCGAAGCCGAAGUCGGCGCUUAUUGCACCGCCCAGAGAGUACGAAACACACGACCUGCUCAAGGCGAUUGACAAAAAGGACGUGGAAACCAUCCUCGCUAUUCGCAACGCAAACUUUGACCUGCUUCUCGACCUUUCUCAAGGCGGUGGUCCGGCAGCCAAGAACUCGCCUGCCGCCUCACAGGCCGGCGGUUCCACCAACACUCCGCUCGGUUACGCUAUCUCUCUGGGCAAAGGAUGGGAGAGCGUUUCCAUUGUUUUGGUUGGUGCGCUCUCCAAGUUCGUUAACCAGCUACCAGACGACGAAGACGAGUACGAGAACGCUCCCCAAGCUGCCACCACCAUCGGUGGGACGGUGACCAAGGUCAAGAAGCCCAAGAAGCUGCAGCUGGAUCCACACACCAUGGCACGUCUGCGCAAGAUCCGCGUCAACCUCAAACUCGCCAUCGAUCACAGCAUCUUUCAAGACCAAACGUCGUUGCUGGCCUCAUACUUGCAAGUAUUGGUCAUGUCGGAAGGCUCUCCCUUUCUCAUUUCGGCGAUAGAGGACGUAGCGCACUGCUUGACGAUCCGGUACUCUGCGAACUCGGAUGGAGGCGCAGAUCCUGUGGAGAGAAGUCGAUCGCAGGUGAUGCAGUUUGUCACCGAUUCGUUGCGGCACAAGAGCGACAAAGUGGCUGCGGUCAAGGACUACAUAGCGAAUGCGCAGUCGGAUCUGCUGCUCAUGUCGCUCUGGACACUGAUCAAGCUGAGUCGUUCGCAGCUGGACGCGGUGCAGCAGAGUUUGGGCUCGGGAGCGCGGGGUGAGGCCGAGUUGGGUGACCUGGCGAGUCCGUUGCCUCCGUUCUUCUUCGCCAGAGACGACCGGGUUGCGUCGCAGUUUGUCACGCGGUUGGGCAAGCUGGUGCAUGCAAUCGACGGGCUGAGCGGCACGAGGGGUCCACCGGCUGCGUUGGUGAAGCUGGCAACGCGGGUUGCCGAGGCGUUGCAGGAGGGGGCAAGGCGGAAAGGCUCGCACGAGAGGUUGCAGCUCGUGGCUGGGGUGUUGGACGGCAGCAAAAGGGCGUAA